AUGAACCCACGCGGCCACGAUGGAGAAGAACGACAGGGGCUGGAGCUUGCAAGGCCUGAUUCGUGCGCGGCAGGGGGAGGGGGGGCGGAUCCAGAUGUGGGCGGCGAGGCGGUGGUCGCCGGUGACGAUGAGGAAGGCCAGAGCAAAAAUUCAUCCAUGACUCCUGGGCAGAAAGGAGACAGGGAGGUGAGGGAGAGAAGAAGGAAGAAAGGAGGGGCGUUGCGGUUCAGACGAGGAGGCAGCUUGCUGCAGCAGACAACAGCGCGACCAGGAGGUGCGGCGGCGCGGUGCAGGGGCCGUCGCGGCGGUAGUGGGCACAGCGUCAUGGCGACGGAGGCAGAGCGGCUCGGGCAGGGAGGCGCGAUGCAGCAGGAGAGGAGGAGCACAGCGGUCGGGCAUGGGCAUCCCCGUCGCUCCCCCUCGCGCUUCAUUCCAGCUCCAGUGCGACCCCGCCGACGAGCCGCGUCGCCACCUGAUCCAUCCUCGCGCUGGCCUGCCUCCUCCCGCGGCUACGCCGCCCCGCCGUUCGCCGUGGCGAUCUCGGUGAGCACCCCGCUCGGCCACGCCACGCUCCUCUGUGGCGUUGGCUCCGCCGCCGUCCACCCCGUCGCUGCUUCGGCCGCGCGCCUGCUUCGCCCAUCCUCCUCCCCGAGUUUGCGCCGUCGACCCCGGCCGCCCUCGCGCGCUGCUCGCGCCGCGUCGUCCCCGGCUGCCCGCCGGCUCCGACCGCCCCCGCUCCGCCCUCUCGCGCGCGGCCCCGUCCCCGCCCAAGCCGGUCCGCGCCACUCUGCCCUCGCGCGCGCAAACCCGUCGCUGCGCCUGGCCGCACCCGGCCUCCCACGCUCGGCGCGCGCCGGCUCCGCCCGCCCCCGCUAUGGCCUCGCGUGCGUGGCCCCGUCUGCGCCCAAGCCGGUCCGCGCCGCUCUGCCCUCGCGCGCGUGA